AGACAGCAACAUGCUCCCUCUCGGCAUCCAUCCACCCCACCACGAACCAGGAGCGGCGGCGCUUACCCGGACACCUAGCUCGGUUCACUCUCCGCAGCCAUGGCCUCCGCCGUGCCGCCCUCCUCCUCCGCUGUCAAGAUCCUCCCCAACGCCUUUUUCCCCCGCUCUCACCACCACCCUUCGGCCUGCACCUCCCUUCGCUCUAAGAACCGUACCAGCACCCGCGUCACCUGCGCAGCUGGCCGUCGAUCCCACGCCCUCCCCUCCGCCGGCGACGGAAACGGUUGUAACAAUGGCGGCGGCGGCGGCGGCGGAGAUGACUCCGAAGGCGGCGGCAACGGAGAUGGCUCCGACGGCGGCGGCAACGGAGAUGGCUCCGACGGCAACCGCGGGGCGGCGCUGUUCGCGCGGCCACAGGAUUGGUGGAGGGCCGACCUGGUGGCGGCGGUGGAGGCCCCGCAGCUGCUGUGCUUCGAGAGCCUCCUCACGGACGACGUUUUCCCCGUCAGGACCGCCGCGGCAAUCAGCUUCAACGCAAUAGCAAAGACUGCAGCAGAGUAUGAAAAGAGAGGGGAGAAUUUUAUCAAAGAGAUUGACAUCGUCAUCGCUGAUGCGGUUAAGGCAAUAGCUACAAAUUUUACGCUUGUCUAUCUACCAACUAGUAUAUCUCUGCAGCCACCACUUGGGAACAAGAUUGCUUUGGUUGCAAGAUUGUACUUAUAUCUGAACGGGCUAGUAACAAUUGCGAGUACCGGCCCAAAGUUUUUCACAGUUGGAGCCAGUGCUUCUCCGCCUUCCCAGAUUGACGCUGGUGUGCCCCAAGCACCAAUCAUAACAAGGAAGGCUUUCAUCCAGGAACUUGAUGACAAAGCUGUGGAAAAGAAGUGGUCGUCAUACUUUGAAGUUAAAGCAGAGGUCUCAGCUGGGACAACUCCCGCAAAGGCUACAGCACUUUGGUCAUACAGUUCGUCUGGAGAAUCCCAGGGGAAUUCGUCUGGACAAUCCCGAGAGAAUGGAACAGCCUAAGGCCGUUGCUGGUGUAGUUACCAUUAACUAUACGGUUAUACUGGUGUUGUUGCUGAGGUUGCAGAGCGAAUAUUUGGUUAGGUAAUAAGCUUUAUUGCCUCGGGCCUCUGCGCAGCCUAUAUCUGAAUUUUUGUGAAAGCCCGUUGCUCAUUGUCGUAAGCCCGUUGCUGCACU